UGCAUGCAGUCUCCAAGACUGCACAAGUUCUUGGUGUUUAGAAUUCUCAUCAUCGGCAGCAGUAGAUUCUGUCUACGGCUCGCCGACCCACAUUCAACUAUAAACAAAUUCUCGGGAGAAUCUUACCAUUCUAACACCGCAGACGGCGCUCUGCAGGAAAAAAAUUGUUGUUGGCGUUUGCUGGACGUCGACGCCGCUGUGGUGGGAUCCGUUCCUCGUCUAGUUUGAUGUAGUGACGGUCGAGGGUCCACUUGAAGAAAUGGCCCCCGGGGCGAAAUGGACGGAGUGUGGACUGCUGCUCACGCUGGCGUUCGCAGCCUCCAUUUAUGCUGCUCCCUCGCAGGAAAUUAAAUCUGGUUGUUCCCACAAUGGAAUACAAUAUUUACACGAGGACGUCUGGUACCCUCUAGACAACGACUGCCUCCAGUGCCGAUGUUUUGAUGGAGAAGUCAAAUGCAACUUUGUACCUUGCGAUAAGUUUUCCUCAGCUGAAUCAAGGGCAUCGACACAUGCAGAAGGUAUAGAAGCACUGCAGGGUCAACCAGGAGAUAAAGGCCCUGAUGGCUAUCCUGGCAGACAAGGUGAAACUGUAAGUUCAUGGUUCAAGACACAAUCUCCAACAUCUGUAUAA